GUCGAAUUUGCGCGUAACUUCCGGUCUGGCAUCAAUUUCUAUACAAGUGAACAUUUUUCGUGCUCAAUUAGUUCCAUUUUAUCAUCAUCUGCAAUAGUGAGCAUAACUUAAUUAGAAAUUAGAAAGUAUUGAACCUAUUGCUUAUAAAUUUAAAGAUUGUCACCAUUCGUAUGUCACUGAUAGCAUACUAAACUCGGACACAUCCUCCCAUCUGACCGUCUUUCAGAAAAAUGAGCUUCCCUGACUUUUCUUGCCGGGUAGAAGAUCAUGGUGCAAUUCUAAUUGACGUACAAAAAGUUGGCAGUUCAUUAACCGAUGAUCAAUUCAAAAUUCUUUUUGAUAAACUUAAUUUUACUAAAUUCGUCCGUAUUCACGAUAAAGAUAGAGUUUUAAAUAUACGAUUCAAACGACAUUAUCCAGUGGAGAACAAUGAGUGGGGAGAAUUUCAGAUGCACAGAAGAGUUUUAGGUUUAAUAUGCAUUGGUGCCGCUAAAAACGAUUCUGAGUUAAGUGAUUUAAAAAUUGAUUUUGAAGCUCACGUACAACGCUAUAUUUCAACAUUUUACAACUCAAAGUUAAUUACAAUAAAAUGCUAUGAAGGAAACGAAAUAAAACAUAACGAGGAUAAAUAUUAUGAGUCAAUUGAGAAAGAUGGGCCUACAUCGAAUGGCACAUCCUCAGGCCAGGAACCUGUUGUUUUCGAAUCAUUUGAUCAUGCUCUGGAAAAUUGCGAUGCAAUUGUUAAAGAAUUAACAGAAACUUUAUUUUGGAUCUUGGAAAGUAAAGUACAAGAUCGUAGUAUUGAAAGACAAGAUAAAUUAUCUUUAUUAAAAAAUCCAAUAGAAAAAAAAGAAUUAGUUGGAAUCGAGAGUGAAGGAAGAAACUAUAAGAAAAAGUGUACAGGGCGUAUAAGAAAGCAUCUUGGAGACUUAUGUCUUCUAGCUGGAUUACCUCAGGACGCCCUACUUCACUACGAAACUGCUGCUAGAAUUUUAAAAGGUGUUAAUGACUGGAUUUGGCUUGGAGCUACUUAUGAAGGAACUUGUGCAACGAAUAUUAUAGUUAAUAACCCAUCACCUGAGCGAUCUCAAUUCAAUAGAAAUUCCUCUUUUUCCGUUAAGCACGGAAAAACUCCUUCAUUGUUGGCCCAAUCAUCAACUGCUACUGACUUGGAUUUAGCGGUAAAUAGAAGAUUUGGUGAAUUAUUACCCUCAGACUUAUUUGAAAAGUAUAUGGAGGCUGUAGAAUGCUAUGGAAAAAAUAAUACAAUAGGAGUAAUUAGAAUGGAAGCUUGUAUGAAAGCUUGUCGGCUUUUUGCCAGUCAACAAAAAUACUUAGAUGGAGCUAGAUAUUUAGAAAAAUUAAUAUAUAUUAAUUUGAAUUUAAGUGAAGAUGAAAAAUUACAACAAUAUUCUACUCUUUCAUCGUUAUAUUCUUUAGUUAAAAUGGAACGAAAAGCGUCCUUUUUUAAACAUAUAACGGCAAAAAUGACGGCCAGUGAUAGACUAAUAUCUUCUUGGAAGAAAAGUCACCAAUUACUUUUGGGCAGUAACAAAGGAUUUGCUAUAUCGUUUGAUCCUUUAAGUAACCAAUGGAAGAAUGGAUGGGCGUCUCCAGUUAAAGUUCAAAUAUUAGCCGAUUUAGCUUAUAUGGCAGAAUAUGCCAGAGAUGGCGAUGCAGCUCUUCAACAUUUUAGUUUAUUAUUGAAUAAUCUAUAUCCUUAUUUAAGCGCUAAAGAAUUGGAAAAUUAUAGUAAAUAUAUAGAAAAACUAACGAAUAACAGCGAACCUCAAAGGCCAACUGAAGUAACAAGAUAUAACACAAAACUGCCUGCAGUAAAUUUUACAAAUAUUCCACGAAUUGAACGAAUUCAAUUAAUCCGUCCAGUUGAGUACCUGGAGCCAAUUAAAAUUGACUCUGGAAGAAAAGAAGAUGAUUCUGGUGUAUUUAUUGUAAGUCCUAGUCCUUCAGCGAAUAAUAGGAAAAAAAAUCCCAUAAAAGAAGCUGCCAAAUGGUGCGUAGACGAACCAUUCUACGUAGAAUUUCAAAUUUUCAAUCCAACUCUUAUACCGUUAACUUGUGAAAAUUUGAUUCCCGUAUUCGAUAAAGUCGAUGUGGAUUGGGUACCUCUUAAUUUUACACUUCCUCCAAAAACAAGAAGAAAAUAUCGGGUAAAAGGAGAAACUAAAGAAGAGGGAAAAUACUUGUUAAAAGAGUAUCAUUUUAACAUGUUUGGCAUAAAGAGCAUAAGCAAAAUAAAGGAUUUGGCAGCAUUAAGUGAAGAAAACCUUUCAUGCCAUAUAAUUCAUCCUCUCCCAGUUUUAGAUAUUGAAACAAGUUUAAAUAAUUCUCAAAGCGUUAUAUUCUCUCCUGAUGAUUAUGAAAGCCCCAUUUAUAAAGCCUACAAUUUGGAUUUGUAUAGUGGAGAAACCAUGAUUGUUGAUAUGUCACUAUUCAACUCUGGGAAUAUAGAUGUAGAUAAUUUAGAUUUAAGUAUUGAAAAUGUGGAAGGAUCAGAUUAUUGUUUUUCUGAGCCAGUAGUUUCCCUUAAAAAUCCAGAGGAUAUUCGACUACCAAUUAAAGUUGGAGAGAAAGCUGUACAAAAGAUUGCUCUAUUUGGAACUCAUAAUUUUAUAUGUCAAGAAUUUUCAUCUAGAAAGAGAGAAAUUCUUUCUCCUGAAAAGUCGCACAUUGUAGAAUAUCUAGUCAAAAUUCAAUAUCAUGAAAGUAAACAUAAGUAUUGUAGAAAAGCUGGAAUUGUAUUUCGAAUUACUAUAAUGCCAUCUGUUAUUGUAAAGAAAUGGAAUUUAGUCGAUGGUCUAAAUUGGAAAAGCCUCUUACUUCAUCUUGAUAUUGAGAAUUUACAAAUAGGAAAAGUUUGGAUUAGUCACGAAAAAAGUUCAUAUGCAGCUUGUAUUGGUAAAGGAGAAACCUCAAGAAUAAGCUUCCCAGUAAAUAAAUUUAAGCCAGUUUCAAAUGAUGCUCAAUUAUCGUCCGAAAUUAUUAAUCACGAAGUUAGAAACGAUUCAAAAGUGACAUAUAGAUUAUUGAAUGGCAGGCAUGGAAUAAUAUCUUUAGAUACCAUUGCUUGGAGUAAAGAUUGUCUUAAGCUAUGGAAAUAUCCUAUUAUUGACUGGAACUUUGUUCUUAAUGAAACUGUGAUAAAUUUGGAAAAUACUCAAAUUACCUGCAAGGUUGGAGAGGCAGAGAAAAUUACUAUAUCAUUGAGAUGCGCCUAUGAUUAUCUCUAUUUGAAAAAUGUUCAAUUUUCUGCCAAGUUUUACCAGCAUGACGGAAACUUGAAUCAUAAAGAUUUUGAAUUGUCAAAUGUAUUUAUAAAUGGUUCAGAAUAUUUCGAAUUUAAAAAUGUUAAUUCAGUUCAAUUCGUUGAAUUAUCGCAAGAAGUUCUCUUCCUCUGCCCUGGAAAAUACUACUUUGAACUACAAGGAGAGGGUCUAGUUGAAAGUAAUAAGCCUGGAGAUGACAAUUGGCCAGCAACUUGGAUAAAUAAGCCACCAGUAACUUUUAAUGUAUCUUGA